UGAGCAUUGCUUUCACUCAGAGAUUUCAAGAGUUCACAACUUUCUAGUUGAUAAUUUAUGAAAGUAAAAGGAAAUCAGCACCUUAUGUAGGUUUUGCGUUUUUUGCAUAAACAAUUCUGAAUCUCUCUGAAAGAAUCAAUGAGCAUCUAAGCUUUCCCUUUUUAGCUUCUCUUCCCUGUUUAAAUAUUAAUAGACAAGAGGCUGACCUUCACUCCUGCUGCUGAGUCAUGGAAGCUGAAAAGAGGAAUCAAUGCAUCUUUGUGCUAAUGAUUAACUGGUCACAGAUUGGAAAUUCGUCAGCUCAAUUUUCACACUGCCAGAUGCUUAAUUUAAUAUUUUCAGUGUCAGAAUUAUUUCAGUUAGAACCUCAAUGUAGUAAGCAACUUCAAGCAUUUUUAAAGCAGUUGUUUAAAAAUGUUGUUGAACGGGAAACUACAAUUCCAGCUUUACAAACAUCGUUAGUCCAGUCCAGCUACACUUCGGCACUUCUGAUGAAGUCAGUGGGGCUACUCUGGCUCAAAGCUGAGCAUAUAGAUAUGGAUAUGGUGGAUGGGUACAGCUGGAUCAUCACUGCAAGGGACAGGCAAAGAUGAUGAAGGAUGGAAAGGUUUUUAGAGUUAUUCAAGAGAACUGCUGGGAUCCAGAAGUACGGAUUAAAGAGAUGGACCAGUCAGGAGUCACCGUCCAAGUCCUGUCCACAGUCCCUGUAAUGUUCAGCUACUGGGCCAAACCUCAGGAUACUUUAGAUCUUGCCCAGAUAUUAAAUAAUGACUUAGCUGCUACAGUAAAGAAGUACCCCAAGAGGUUUAUUGGGCUGGGCACGUUACCUCUGCAAGCUCCAGAGCUGGCUGUGAAGGAAAUGCAUCGCUGUGUGAAUGAACUUGGAUUUCCUGGAGUGCAGAUUGGAUCUCAUGUCAAUGACUGGGACCUGAAUGCCCCAGAGCUGUACCAUGUUUAUGCUGCUGCUGAGAAAUUAAAUUGCUGUCUCUUUGUGCAUCCCUGGGACAUGCCUACAGAUGGGAGGAUGUCCAAAUAUUGGUUUCCCUGGCUAAUAGGCAUGCCAACAGAAACAACCGUGGCCAUUUGCUCCAUGAUUAUGGGAGGAAUUUUUGAAAAAUUCCCUAAGCUGAAAGUUUGCUUUGCACAUGGAGGUGGAGCUUUUCCAUACACGGUGGGUCGAAUCUCCCAUGGAUUCAACGUGCGCCCUGAUUUGUGUGCCAUGGAUAAUAAGGUGGAUCCAAGAAAAUACCUUGGCUCAUUUUACACAGACAGUCUUGUCCACGACCAUGGGGCACUAAGGCUGCUAACAAGUGUAAUAGGAGAGGACAAAGUUAUUUUGGGGACAGAUUACCCUUUUCCACUUGGGGAACUGGAACCUGGAAAAUUGAUUGAUUCAAUGGAUGAUUUUGACUAUAAACUGAAGGAUAAACUCAAGGCUGGAAAUGCUCUGGAAUUUUUGGGUCUUAGCAGAAAACAAUUUGAAUAAUGAUGAAGUACUAAGGUGGCUAAACCUUGGAAAUAAUAGCCUUGCAUUUAUAUUGGUACGUGCAAUUGUGCUCAUGAAAAAUAAAAUUGCCAAUUAUCUGACAGUUUCCUGUUAUUUCCAAAGCAAAAGCAAGGUUACUGGAAAUGAGUAUGCUCAGGUAUUGCCUGAGGAUUUAGGUUGUUUUUAAACAAUUCUAAAAUCUCCGCUUUCAUUACAUAGGAGAGAUUUCAUCUUUUGCAGUUUUAAGAAUCUCUGAAUUAUAAUCAAUGCCAAGUUAUUAGGACUUGAUUCCCAAGAAGGAAAGAGCUGAGAAAAUGAUGUACUCACUACAUUUCUUUGUUAUGACAGCCAAACAGAAUUUGAAGGAAUAUUAAAACAGAAUUUAAACAAUGUUGAUGCCCAAUAAAAGGCAACAUUUGCUUUUAUCCACUGGUGGAAAAUGCAGCCCACCACACUCAGCUCAGCACUGCAGGUGCACUCGUGCUUUGUCAAUGUUGUGACAGGAUGGAAAAGGUCUGUGUGGGGACUUUCCAUAUUCGCUGCCACCUACAGCACUGGGAACUUACUCAUCAGAAACAAUUUGAACAAUAUGGUUGUAGGUGCAGAAGUAAUGUAUUUGUGUGGGUAAUAGUUGGUGUGUCACUGUCACUGUCACAAUAAAUACUAGUGUUUGGCAACA